AUGGAGCAUCCAUUGAUGAUCCAGCAGUUUAUGGAGGUCACGGGGGACAACAAUGUGGACAACAUAAUCCAACUAUUAGAGGCCCAGAAUUGGGAUCUGGAGAGUGCUGUGCAGCUGUAUUUGGCGGGUGGGCUGGGUGCUGUCUGGGAAGCUGGUGGCCCGGAGUUCCCGAGGUACAAACA